AUGCCGCACGAGGUGCAAAACGACGACCUGCUGCAGGACGAUCGCAGUGACACGUCGCAUGCUGAAGGUCGGCAAGGCCAAGAUGACAGCCUUCCGAGCCAGCGGGAAACAUCUAAUGCAGCGGACGCAUCUCUGCAGGCCCGACAGAGAAGGAGAAUCGCACAACUGGAGGAGAAACUGGGGUCCCUCGAGGCGGGCCGUGCAGCUAAACAAAGGCAGACAAACUAUUAUAUAGCUCAAGGAAGGGCGGUGAGGCGUGUGGUUGCUUUGUUCGAUAACAUCGAGGACCUUGUGGUCGAAAAUGACCGAAGGUGCGACGCUGAUGAGGAUGCAGAAACUACCAUCGAGUAUGUUCUUCGCACCGGUCAAGAUCGGCUGCAGGUAGGCUAUGUCAUCUUCACGCAGAACUUGCGGUGGUUUCAUAAGGAGGCUACGGACAUGGAGAAUCACGACUACGUACAAAUGUUGAAAAUGCUUCGACAGGGCGCUGAGAGCGCUCGAGGAGACGAUACCUCCAAGUUGAAGGGUCUCGUUUCCGAAUGGGUCAAUCGCGAAUUUAAGCCCGAUCCACCAGUCGACGCAGAUGAUAAAAAUUUGCGUGGUUUCGCCAAUGAUGCUUGCGGCCGGCUGCUCUGCCCGGCUGAGCUAGAUUGGAACAACCCAGCAGUAAAGUCGGGGAUUCGAAAUCGUUCGGAUGGCCAUAUCGUCACGGAUCUAUCUUUUCCAGCAUUCCUGUACGAAAGGUAUACCGCCGAUCCAAAUGAUUUGGAGGAGGGCCUCUUCAAGGGCAAGAUUCUUCUUCAGGGCUAUAAAGCCGUGUUUACAUCGCCCUCCUCAGCCAAAGAUACUGAAGGUGACGGUGAUGGUGCUGAUGUUAUUCAGAACAACCGACAUGCUAGAAGGUCUUCCUCUGGACUCAAGGUUAAGAAGCAUAUCCGUUUCGCACUUUCUUCCGUUACCUCCUGGCGUUCCUUCGACGGUGACUUUGAUUAUGUCCAAUUCUGGCGCACCAUUGUAGACUUCUUCGAAAGGCCCCCCGGUCGAGAUGCUCGGCGCCGAGUCGACAGGUUACUUGAAUGGUGGACUAGGAAAGUGUUCGGACGGAGGUGCCGUCAAGAGCUGAGCGAUGCAGCGAAGGCCAACAUGUCAGUAAAUUCCCUCGCAAGGCAAAGGGCAAUGCGUGAUGAUGCUGCCUUCGAUUCACCCUAA